AUGGAUACCAGCCAGAAGCGCCUUAAGACCGAGAGGGAUGAGCGAGCAGCAGCUUCCGCCCCAGUGGCAGCUCCAGAGGCUCCAACGGAGAUCGCUCAGGUGUCAGACGCACCUAUGUGCUAUGCCACAGGUUCUGGGGAAUGGGUGGAUGCCGACCCCAGCUGCUGCGACCGAGAUGAGGACCUGGACGGCCUCUUCGAGGACUCCCAGGCCCCUGUGGCGCGGGCCCCCGAGGCGUCGAGCCCGGACGGCGAGGUCGGCGAGAAGUCAGCGCCCAACGAUUUCUGGCGCGAGGAGCAGCAGGCGCUGUUUGCGGAGCUCCGAGACCUGCAGUUUUCGGCCGUGCGGGCGCGCAAGGCAGUGGACGCAGAAUGCGAGGAUGUGGAGGAGGCGGUGGAGUGGCUGGAAAAGCAUCAAAAUGAUGAAGACAUCGACGUCUCGCCAGAAGCCCUCCGUGCACGUGAGGAGGAGGAGGUGGCUCUAGCAGUGCUGCGCUUGCUCACUGUGCCGGCGCUGCACGUCCGGUCCUGCCUGCAGGCAGUGCACCGCAUCUUGUACAACAUCCUGGCAGAUCCGGAGAGCAGUCGUGUCAGGCAGAUCCGCUUGCAGAACCCCCGCUUCAAGGAGCGGGUGGGCCGCUUCCCACAGGCGCUCGCGCUGCUGCGAAAGCUUGGCUUCCAGCCUGGGGACUUUUGGACCUCGGCCUACGUCCGCGAGCCCUGCCUGGAGUGGCGCCUGCCGGUGGGCUCCGAGAACCCCAUGUCCCGGCGCAUGGAGCGCGCUUUCUCCUUGCUGGAUGAAGUGCUGCGCUCCCCAGACUCGUGGAUCCCGGCGAUGAGCGCAAUGCCAGAGGUGAAGAGUGAGCUUCAAGAGGCCAUAGAGACGAAGGAGUUCACAUCCACGGCGCGCGAGCUCCUGGCGGAGGUGCACGCCCGGAGGGCCCAGAACCCCCGGGCCUUCCAGGAGGCGAUGCGGGCGGCAGGCAGAGCGCCCAACCCCUCGGUCUACCGCCUGCAGCAGACCACCGACACCACGUGGCGACCGCUGGCUGAGCGCUACCCCGGCAAGCGGGAGUUCAACCUGCAGGACUUGGAGCAGAUGCGAAUCGAAGAAGCCAUCGGCAAAAUGCCUUUGUACGCCAAGGAGUACGAGGCCAGCUUUGGGCAGGCCUCAAGCUACGGACAGCUCGUAUCUCGAAGCUAUGAUCCGAACUAUGUAGCUAGACGUGCCUUGGACGAGACCAACAUCUUCCGCGGCUCAGAAAACAUGCCACCUUUGAAGUGGUGCCAGGGCAUCGCCGACAUUGCCGCGGAGCAUGCCCGCCAGAUGGCAACAGGCGCUAUGCCCUUCAGCCACGAUGGCUUCCACGACCGCGUGCGGCGGUACCCCAUCCCUCACCUUAGUGCAGCUGAGACGCCCGGCGAGUGGUGGAGCUGCGGCAUGACCCUGCACAGCGAGGUUGCCUUGCGUGCUCACAGCCUCUUCCAGUCUGAGGUUGAGAACAUCUCUGCCAUCCUCAACCAGUACCCUCACGCGCUCAUCGCUGGUGCACCCUUUCCGGAUUACCUGUAUUCCUGUGGCUCAGAUCACGGCGCAGGCGAAGACGCCCACUGGCACACCUUCCACAGCAAGGCAGCAGCGUACAUUCGGGAGAAGUAUCCCAACUGGCGCAGUGGGGAUGAGCACGGGGCAAAGUUGGUGGCCUUCAUGAUGGGGGCGGUCUCCCACUACGCGGCAGACAUGAACUGGCAUGGCCAACGGUUGAAGCAGGACAACAAGACCCGAGGCUUCGGCUUGGGCUUUUUGCAGUUCCUUGGGGAGAUCGACUACGGAUGCCAGGGUCAAUUGUGCGAUCGCGCGCACUCUGAGGGAGACACUGGCGGAGAGUUUGUCAUCCACCACCAGCUGGCCACCACCUUCAACAUCGCUCCAUUGCAGUGGUUCAUUCCCGUGGAAGAUUUGGUGGAGAUCUUCCACCGGGAACCCCAGUCUCACCCGAAUGUGACCUCACGCUGGAUCAUCGAGUGCGGCUUGGAAUUUCGGGCUGCGGUGGAAGCAGUGGCCGUUGGGGGCGAGGUGCUCUUCCCCAAGUAUGCGCGUCCUGGGCCCUUUCUGCAGGAGCAGUUGCUGGACUUUUGGAUUGGCGGCUUUGACGACAUGGUGCACUUUAGCCUGGUCGCCUGGCAGAAGUUUGCGUCUUGGUUGGUGCAGGGGCCCCCUGAUCCAGCGCCUCCCCGAGGAGCCAGCUCUGCCAAGGGGACCCGGCGGGCGCUGAAAGAGCUCAUGGCCCUGGGCAAGGCCGUGCUUCGGGGUCCCUGGGCGCGGACCCAGGCGGAGCCUCGAGGCGCGGUGUCCAUCGGCCCACCAUCACCCCCAGCGCCGGCGCUUGGCCGUCCGCCGGAGGGUUUGUAUGGCUACGAAGGCUCGGCUGUGACGUUUUGCGACGUGGACGGCGAUGGUGAGCUUGAGGAGGUCCGCGGUGCGCCGGGCUGGUCGGUGGGAGGGCGCCCGCUGCAGGGCCAAGUGCUGCUCAGAAAACCGUCCUCCCAGGUGGAGACGAAGCUGCGGCUGGGGACGGUCGGCGGCAGAUUUGGCCAAGCGCUCGCCUGCGGCGACUUUGAUGGAGACGGCAUCAGUGAUCUUGCCGUGUCCUCCCCAACUGUGGGGGUCAUUGACGACACCUUCGAGAGACAGGCCUAUUCUGGCGAGGUGCACAUCUUUUUCGGCUCGAAGACAGGUCUGGGUGCGCCGGGCUGGCGUGCAGUCGCUUCGGGCUAUGCGGACGUCUUCGGGCACACGCUGCUGGCGCUGGGCAGCCGCCUGGUGGUGGGGUCCCCCUACUUCGGGCGCGACGACUCGGAGAAGAUGCGCCCCGGCAGGGUCCACGUCUUCCAACCGCGGCGCGGGGCCGUGACCACGCCAGAGGAGGCAGAAGUCUCGUACGAGGGCUGGCAAGAUGGCGAGAAGUUUGGCAGCGCUCUUUGCACACUAGGUGAUACGCUCUUGAUUGGGGCCCCGGGCUUCUACCCGCAGAACGCCAGCUCGGGCGCUGGGGCACUCUAUGCCGUCAGGGGUGGGCGCUUGGUGUCGAGGGUGACAGCCUCAGAGCCCCAUGGCCGCUUUGGACACUCCUGCGCCGCUGUUGCUGGAAAGCUGGCCGUGGGCAUGCCGGGGAAGUCUUCCAAGGCGCUGCUGGGGUCCGUGAACUUCACCGGAGCGGUGGUGCUGUUGGACCCUUCCCGCUUCGAAGGCAACUCCUCCCUCCAGGACGAGGAGGCCUUGCAGCAUCCCUCGUCUUCAUGGGGCCGAUUUGGCUGGUCGAUGGCGUCGAAUGGCCAAAAGCUGGCAGUGUCUGCGCCCUUCAUGGACUCAGAACGCGGCGGCGUGUUCGUCUAUGAAGAGCUGAAAGGUGGUUCAGGGCCAAUUGCGAGCUUCAAGGGCUCGUCCCGCCGAGAUAGAAUGGGCUGGGACUUGGCAAUGUCGCCAUCGGCCUUGCUGGUGGGCUCUCCGAAAGCCGGCGCUUCCAUGAUGGGCGCCAGCCAGACCUUCAACAUGAACCUGGCCUGGAACAGUGGUGUGGCUGAUGCGGCGAGGGCCGCAGUUGAGGGGUGGAUCAAGUCACCGGGCCACCGGAAGAACUUGCUGGGCGCCUUCGACCUUUGCGGCCUUGGUGUCGCCCAAGCGAGCACUGGCGAGUUUUUCUUCACCCAGCUCUUCGCGCGAAGCGCGGGUGGCGCAUUGUGCUGA